AUCCGGGCAUUAUUCAGAUCAUGUCAACAUGGCUGCUGUUAUCAUGGCUGACGAAACUCAAGCAACGCACGUUGUUGAUGACAAAAACGAGUCAGAAUUGAACACGCACACGAAAAUUCCCACAGAAGGAAUUGUCGCACAAGAACCUUCAAUAGGCUCACCACCAACAAGUCCAGAAAUCGGGAAGAGAAGGCGGGUACAUCAUGAUUAUCGGCGGCUUUCGAGUUCGGGAUAUCUGGAAGAAAUGUACAGCGGUUACCGACAGCGUUAUUCAAGCACGAGCGAGUCCGAUGUGUCACCAAGUCCAUCUUCUGUGAAGAUUACCAGAAGAACGCGAUCCCACUCACCAGGUCGUGCCUCAGAUGACAAUCCGCCUAUCAAUGGUAACUUUCCCGCAGCUGCAUUAACACAGUCAACAAAUGCGACAAGCAUGGCAGGUGAUGGUAAACCAAAUGGUAAUAUGUGCAUCUCACCGCGAAUUGUCAAAAAGGUUGGCUGUCCAAAACUCAAGUUGCACAUCAAGAAAGCGGAUUAUGAACGAAAGCCGAAGAAGCACAAACGUCAUCAUCACCACCAUCACCACCACCAUCACCACCAUCAUCGCGAGAAGAUCAGCCAUGUUCCUGUAUCAGAUGCAUGUAUUGAUACACCGGCAACCGCACGCCAGGUGUGUGACCUCUCCGACAGGGACAGGAUACUGAAGAAGUACGGCUGUGGGGUCAGUGAGAAAGGUGGCGAAUUCAGCAGAUAUAUUCACAUCGAGCAUCAGCCCAAUGGCGGUGCGUCGGUGCUCCACGUCUACUCGGACGAGAUUGCUCAUCUUCACGAUGAGGAAAUGCAGCGCUUCGUCGAGGAGUUCUUUGAGAUGGUGUAUGCUGAGAAUCAACCAGGUGUUGCCAACCACGUCAUGGCGAUUGUCCAUGGUGCAGCUGCAUACCUCCCAGACCUCAUCGACUAUUUCUCCAUCCACCAUCCUAACAUGACCGUCAAGAGCCAGGUCAUGGGCAAGUCGGACAUUCUGACCACGACCAUGCCCGAGUUCCGCAAAGACGUCCGGCGGACGUACCGCUAUGGGACUUAUCGGUCCGGGCCUUUGCUCCAAAUAAGUCUUGUGGGAACAGUCAAUGAGGAAGUUGGGGACUACUUUGAGGAGUUUGUCGACAUGCUGGAGCAGGAUUCAUUCCUGAAGUACGUCAUGCCAUGGGGACCGUUGUCAGUCCUGAAGAUGGAGAAACGUACAGAGAGUAACGAUGGGCCAAUCCUGUGGAUAAGACCUGGUGAACAGAUGGUUCCAACGGCUGAUAUGCCAAAAUCACCCAUGAAGAAACGGAGAGCGGCUGUGAAUGAGCUUCGAAACCUUCAGUACCUACCCAGGACGUCCGAGCCCCGAGAGAUGUUGGUUGAAGACAGGACGAGAUGCCACGCGGAUCAUGUCGGUCAGGGAUUUGAUCGUAUGACGACGGCAGCCGUAGGAGUGCUCAAAGCAGUGCAUGCAGGGGAUGAAGGGGGUCCUGAUCGUGAUGUGAAGGAUGUUGUGGCGUUCUCUGCUGCAAACUUCUUUGAUGUUGUUGAGAGCCUCCAACUAGACCUUCAUGAGCCCCCUGUCUCACAGUGUGUUCAGUGGGUUGAGGAUGCCAAGCUGAAUCAGCUGAGACGUGAUGGCAUCUCGUACGCCCGCAUCAAACUUCGCGACAAUGACAUCUACUUCAUCCCCCGCAACGUCGUCCAUCAGUUCAAAACCACGUCGGCCUGUGUGAGCAUUGCCUGGCACAUGAGGCACAAGAUGUACUAUCCAGACCAGGAGAAGGAUACGGACGACUCCAAGGAGGAAGAGAAGGGGGAGGCGGAGAUCAAGAAAGAGGCAGAACCAGAGGCAGAACCAACGAGCCAUGAGGUGGGCGAACCUGAGGUCAAGAUGGAGACUGAUUCGUAACACGCAUGACGCAGUAAGUCUCGCCCAAAGACAAGCAGAAUUAAGUCAGUUGAACUCCUGUGAUCACCCCUCGACGUUUUGAUUUCACCAGAGGGGUGAUGAGACAUCUUUUAGAUGUCCCAUUUGGAGUUGGAUUGGGGGAUGUGCUUUUACAUGAGACUAUUUGAAGUGAUCAACAUGGACUCAUACUUUCUCAAUUCACAGAAAUUUGGAUGACAGCUUUGGAAACAGUUUUAAGACGUUGUUCAAGCAGACGUCUUGAGGUUUAAACUCUGUAGACUGAUCCAAGGAUAUGCCAUUUCUUCAGUGGCAUCACAUUCAAUCGCAUUCUUGAAGUUGAGGCGUGCAUUUCUUUUCAGCAAGUUUCUGGCAGGGUUUAGGGGGAUUGGGCUAUCACCAUCACCCCUCCCCACCAAACAAAAUUCACUGAAUGUUUAUUGCUUGAGCUUGUGACACCAUUCAGCAAAACGCCUACUAAAAUUGUCUAGCGUCUCUUUAAAACAAUUCAAAAUACAGGUCCUCAACAAUUCUUUACAAUACAACCCCCUUCCACACACAGUCAAACUUCAUCAAUAGAUCGCUUGGACUUGGCAGAUUACCUUGUUAUGACAGGAACUUUGUAUUAUGUGGAGUGGAUACAUUGAAGAACAAAGGAUUGGAACCUACAUUUUAGUAUACCUUUUGAUAUGAACGAGGUUUGACUGUAUCAAUCGUAUUCUCCCCCCGGGCAUUUGGAAAGAGGUAUCAAAACCAUACAAGGUGAUUUAAUCAUUUAUCUGAGGCAAAUGAUUGAUUCUAGGGGCAAAUAUUGAGAAACAAUUCGUCAAACUUUUAAGGGUCCGUGCGGGUGAAAAUAAAACAAGUCACAGUGAAGGUCUGCCGAUUUUCCAUUGUAUGCAUUGUAAACGUAAUUCAUCCCCUUGAGAAAUUCUGUUUUUUUCCAGUCUUUCAACUGGCAAUCUUAGUUUCCCUAUUCAUUUCCUAAAAUAACACUGAUGAGGGAAAAGUCAUAUUUGAAAGAUAUCAAACUUUGAUCAGAUUCCCAGAAGUUGUACUGGAAGGCAACUAACUGCAGCGUUAUUUAAUCAAGACUGGUCCUCCGUGGGUCAUACAUUCUGUCAGUUUGACCUGCUCACAGUCAGGGUAUCAGACAUUUUUCGGUCUACUAACAUACACCUUUUAGUACUUUUCUUGGCCAGUAACAUUUAACUUUAAGGAAUGUCGGAUGUUCAGUCAUACAUGUACCUGUACAUUCGGCUUACACCAAUUACACCAGUCACUUCUUCCCAUGGUCUUUGGAAAAGACUCAAAGGAUAGUUUCAAAUUGAGGUCCAAAUGUGAGAGAACAGACCACAAUUUUAUCUGAACCACAUUCAGGAGUUAUAUAUAUUCAAGCUACCUUUUUCACUGUACAUUUUUUAAAUUCUUCAUUCCAGCUGUAUAUUGUAGAGAUAGAAUGUUUUUACCUAUCACUAUGGCCUUUACUAUUUAUUGUAGACAAAGUGUAAAUAAGUUCCUUUUUUCAGGAAAACUAUUUAUUUAGAUGUCAUAAUGCAAACUUGAGGAUUACUCUACAACAUUCUGAGACUGCAGAUUGUCAGUUGUCGUGUGGCUUGAUUUACCUUUUGAGUUAAAGGGUAGCUGCAAUGCAUUUUAUUCCAAACUCCAAAAUGUACUUACAUGUGCAUGGUAUGUGCCCCCUUUAACCUCAUUUUCAAUUUAAGAGUAUUUUGCUGCCUUGUUAGUUUUCAUGCUGAGUAUUUCCAUAUUCAUGAGUAAAACUGCAAUGUUGCCCCACGGAAGAGAACCUCACUGUUGCUCUGGUUUGUGCUCAAAAACUGCUGAUUUUUGGGGUUUUUUUUAGGUUUUGCUUGCCUGGUUUUCUUUUCUUUGAUGUUUCCUUGUUGUGCAAGUACAUAGCAAUAAGUAAGCGUGUAACCCUUUCUCAGAAAUGUUUUUGGUAUGUUCUGAGUUCAUAAUUUGAGCAGAAAAACCUAUGCACUGAAAUGUGC